AUGUUCUUCAACGCCUACCGAAAGCGAAGCAAGCCAGCUGGGACUUUACCGUUGUUGCACGUCACCAAGAAGCACAACCAUCUGAGCACCAUCCUGUCCAUCGGAACCAGCGACACGUCGCAAGCCAAACCAUUGCUCGAGUUCAUCUGGUCUUGCGUGGGUCAAAUCUCGCUUCAUAGCAAGUCGUCAGUCUAG